AUGUUACGAGCGCAGCAGUGGCAAACCUUUUUCUCGUACCUGUCAAACCUGUCAGUUUCCUGGUUCCUGGAAGGCGGAGAGCAGGAAGGAAACGGUCGCAUACGGGUAAUAUUUAUUAUCCUUCUCUUCCGAAAAACAUACUGUCAAGAUGGAUACAGCGAGCAAGAUAUACUGCGCUACCAGCAAAUGGCUGCCAACGACGGCCACGACCAAAUCACUGGCUACAGCAACAUAGGACAGCGAGACAACAGCCACCUCUACAACUCCGGCAGCCAACAAUACCAUGUCACUGAAGAUGCAAACAAAAACGAAGAUGACUAUCGACACGAGCGUAGAAGCAGAAAAGUGUAUAGAAUAAAGAAUCCGUUUCAACAAACAGAAGAUAAUGAGAAGCAGGAAACUCCUCAAGAUGUAGACACGAGCGCCAGCAACCAAUACGCAGCGAUACAGUACUCGCUGCCACCGGAGCAGUUUCUGGCGCAGAUGAAGGCAGAAGGUCAGUACCAGCAGUACUCGACGCCGUCACCGGCCCCAUCGUAUACUGCAACACCACAGCCAUAUCAAUAUUCCACUGUCUCUGCCUCAGGCUACGAUAACAACCCUCAACCUAGUUACAAUGGAAGAGCUGAAUCCAGAACGUACUCUCCGACCUAUAAUAACAACAACUUCCAAUACAACGGAAAUCAAUACAAUCAAGAUGUAGUAGCCAGCACUCCUAUAUCCACUUACUUAUCAACAGCUCUACCCAGCAAUCAAUAUCUUGGCACCCCUGCAAAUACUUAUCUAUCUAGUCCUGCAUCAGUAUACUUGUCCAGCCCUCAAAGUGUACAGCAAUAUGUAUCUUCACCUGUGUCGUUCGAUUACAACAACAGAGUUUCAACGAUUGGAAGUGAACCCUUGAACUACCCCAGCGAGGCAAAUAAAAGAAUUCAAAUAGAUCAUUAUGAUAAUUCUGGCAACAUUAUAAGAUACUCUAAUAAUAAUGUGCAAGGUCAAUACCACAAUGAAUUACCUUCAUCUACUAUUUCACCGACUGCUGCAUAUUAUGACAAUAAGCAAGAAUCUUAUAACAACGGAAACGUUGAUACUAAUCAAGCUCAAUACAACAAUUUAAAAUAUAACACAAUCCAAUCGAAUAGUAAACAAGAUUCCAAUAUUGAAAAUAUAAAUAGCGAUACUCAUAGAAUUGGUAGUAUGCCAGCUGCGAAUAAUGUAUAUUUAAAUUUUGUUAAGCCAGAUUAUCAGAUUUUGAAUAAUAAUAACUAUAAAAACCAAGAACAAGAAUCACCUAGUUCGACUCCAUCGUACUCUCACGGUGAUUAUGGUUGGAAACUAUCUGAUAAAAGACCAAAUUAUGGUCCAGAAUCAACUACGCCUGCAAACAACUUCCACUAUCAAAUACACAGCGUGCAACCAGACACGGGAGCUUUCAGUCAAGUAAGAUUCCAAAUGGAUUCAGGAAAAGAUUACGGCUAUGAUCAGACACCUAGGCCAUCAAACAACAAAAUUGAUCCAGAAGAGUUUGCUAAGGCAGCGGCUAAAGCUCAUGAAAAUUACAAGCAAACGCUGAAAGCUACUAGCUAUGCAUCCAAUUCCCAGUAUAACAGUAACUAUUUUGCUAACAACCCAUACUUGAAUUCAUACUUUGUGCAAUCUAAUAAACAGAAGCAAACGUAUGAUGAUGUCCCUAAUCAAAAUAAUAACCAAAACUCUCCAUAUGAUUUAGUUACUGCCUCACCAUAUUACUAUACAAGCCCUCGAGAAAACUUAUAUGAUUCUAAGCAAAAGUUACCAUUCGACCAUGACAAAGCUUUAAAGAACAUAGUUCCAAUAGAUGUAUCGAAUGUGGUACAACAACAAAAUGGCUUACUUAGAGUGAAUUCCAUAUCAGAUUCAUUAAAUAAACUCAAUUUAUACAACAUUGGAAAGGAUCAUAGUGAAGGUGUUCAGCAGUCAACUCCUGCAAAUGAUGCUAUUUAUUACAAAGACAAAAACUCUUUCUUCAGUUUAAAUUUGAAACCUAAACCAGAGCAUUAUGAACAAGACAGAUUAAAACAACCGGAUGCAGUCUCAACAUACUAUGGCAAAGAACAAGGUCUUGAUUCACUUUACAAUAACGGAUUGUAUUCUACUAAUAAAAGAUUUGUAGAUCAACGUAAUAGCAAUCCAAAUCAGGUUUCAUAUAAUAACCAGGAUAACGCAAUAUCUUCAGCAAAUAAUAUUCAACAAAGCUUAAAUCGGCCCAAUCAACAGUCAGACGCAUCUGGAUUUUUAAAAUUUAAUGAUAUACCUCAUAGACUAACUGAAGCUUACACAGCAGAAUCACUACGAAUGAACAACAAUAACAACAAUAACAACUUUGAUCAAAAUAAUUUGCCAAAUCCAUUACCUUUAAGGCUCAACCAAAAUGUUGAUAAUCAUCACCUAGAUGUUGCUACCGAAAUUCUUGGGAAGCUCAUGGCAAACAAGGGAGGCAAUUUAAAUAGGCCCGACUUCGACCAACAAGCCGCUCUAGCAACUAUUAAUGGCCUGAAAAUAGCUAAUCCUUAUAACGUCGAUCUAAGCUUAGUAGCUGAUAUGUUAAAAGGUAAAUCGAACUUAGAUUCUAGCCAGCUAUUUAAUUUACGAGACAACCCAAGUAUUCCACUCAAAUUUGAUGUUUCUCAGUUACAACAAAUGAAUUCAUUUAAAAACGACAACCCACUAAGUUUGAGCAGCGCUCUCAGUGUCCUAGCAAAUCCUUACUACGAUAUUUAUAACGGUGGCAGAUUUCCCUACCAAGGCGUGAAAUAUUCACGCAGCGAAGAAGAAGCAGAAAAUAUUCCAAUAGCAGAUGCUUCAAGCAACCUCUCAAUCGGUGCUGUUAUAGACGGAGAAGAAACCGUACAUAUUCCAGAAGAAUCGAGUAUGAAUGAGAACCAGGAAGACAAUAAUCUAGCAAACAUAGAGUCGGAAAAGUCAAGAGUGAUAUUAGAUACAGAAUCAAGAAUAGUAAGCGGUAGAGACAAACAUUUCAACAGUCCAUAUUCAAAGAGACAACCACAUGGAAGAAAGUAUCCUAAAAAUGAAGUACACGAGCCAUACCCACUUCUGAAACCUCCGCCACCGCUGCGAUCAAAUCGUUUCGGUGAUAAGAACAGACGUCGAUUACACAAGCAUAAAAUUUUAAGAGUCUUAAAAACUGAACCACUUUUCGAAGCGGGAGCCUUAAAUGUGGAAGAAUUCAAUUCAAGAUCUGAUACGUUUCCCGAAAGAGACAUAGAAAUAGGUGGAACACUAACACAAUGGCCAAUGAUUAUUUCACCCGCUAAUUUCUUUUAUGAUGUUACCUAUUCUUUUAAGUCGACUAUAUUGGCUACUGUAGCCAUCCUGGCAGUGGGUUGCCACGGGGGCCUGCUCCAUGGCCACGACCACCAUGGCCAGGACCACCACAUCCACGAGAUCCCCCACGGGGAAUACAGCCUCCCAUCACCGAAGAUAACCAGGGUCUCCGCUCCCGGAUCUCUCCUCCACUCCUCCAGCUUCGACCCCAGGUCGUUCCCCCCUGGAUCCCUCCCAUCCGCGACCUUUUCUGGUGACGGUCUGAUCUCCGAAUCCGGACCUCACGGCCUCAUCAGCGGCCCCGGAGUUGCUGGCCUACCGCUGGCUGAAGGCCCUCUCGUCGGACCCGGCAUCAGUGGACCCGGCCUAGCCACCGGCCCCGCGCUCGGCGGCCCCGUCGUCAACACCAACACUCAAACCCUGGUGCAGUCCAGCGUGACCAACUCCGUGCUGUCCUCCGCCGCCCUGCCCGGCUCCGCCGGCCUCACUGGCCCCGGUCUCGCAGGCCCCGGUCUCGCAGGCUCCGGUUUCGCAGGCCCCGGUCUCGCAGGCCCCGGCGGCUUCGCUGGAGGUGAUGCUCCCCCACCCGGCAUCAGGGCUCCGGUCAUCGACACCAUCCACGGCUUAGCCAGCAGCAACGGCGCUCCUACACAGUACCGCGUCCGCGACGAGCCCUACCCCGUCGUCCGGGAGAUCACCCACAGGGUGCCAGUACCGCAGCCCUACCCCGUCCCCCAGCCCUACCGCGUGCCCGUGCCCCAGCCUUACCCCGUCCAGGUACCCGUUGUUAGGAACGUGCCCUACCCCGUCGUCCAGAUCCAGCGCGUGAACGUCGACAAGCCGGUGCCGUACCCCGUGGAGAAGAUCGUCAACUACCCCGUUGAGAAGGUGGUGCACGUCCCCGUGGACCAUCCCGUCCACCACGAGAAGAUCGUCGAGGUGCCAGUGGUGAAUGUAGUGCAGGUGCCCGUGCACGUGGUGAAGAGCUACCCCGUGCCCGUGGUCAAGACCGUCCACCACAAGCAGCACAGCCACGGCUGGUCCAAGCCUCAUGGCCACGGCUGGUAAAUCACACCAUCACCAUUGUAAAUAUUCACCGUUGCUCAUCUCGUGGCUGCCGUAGGGUGAUAAACUAAGUCAUUAGUUAGGAGUAUGAACUGUUGUUACAUCUGUUCUGU